CUUCUUUCGUAAACAUAACACCACGCAUGGUUCUCUGUUCGUAUCCGCGCGCACGUGUGUUUCAGUUAGGAUUAAAAUUUAUUUGCUAAAAUUGUUUAAAAAACUGGUGUUUCUGGCAAAAUGGUAGCCAAUAAGCAUAAAGCUACCAAACGGAAGAUCCCCGAUGUGGAUGAUGCGGUGAAAGUCAGCACAGCCAACGGAAAACAGCAAACGAAACUGAAGGAACCGGUCGACGAUGAAAGUGCCAGCGAUUAUUAUGAAUCCGAUGAGGAGAAUCUUUUUGCGAAUAUCGAUAACGGAAACGACGAAGACAGCACGGAUUCCGAAGGCGAAGGUGAAGAAUCCGACGAUGAGGAAGUUCAGGAAUUUGAGAGUGCGGAUUCCGAUUUCGAAGACGAAUCAGGGAAAGAUGAUGAAGAAGAGGCGGAAGAUGAAGAAGAUGAUGCCGAUGAAGAGGAUGCUGAUUCUGCGGAUGAUGUGAACAGUGAUAGCUCUCCAGAACCAGAAGAGGAGGAAAGCGAUGAUGAGCUGGAAUUUGAGGAAGAUUUAGAAGAACCGGAGCAACCCAAGGCGAUUCAGAAAGUGAUUGUUGGGAGGCAAAAGAAGAGCGUUGAAGCAACUGCAGAAGAUGAGGACGAGGAAGAUGAUGAGGAAACACGGGACCUUUUGGAAGCGGCUCAGAAGGAAGAUGAGAAACUGGGAGAAAUCGAUGCAGCAUUAGGAAUUGCUCCCGCCAAAACGAGGGGUGUCGGAAUCUUUCCCCCGGAAGCCAAAUCCAGAUUCAAAGGUGGCAAGAAUCAGGAUGAAUACGCUGCGGGAGACACUUCCGACGAGGAAGACAUUAGGAACACGGUGGGAAACAUUCCCAUGCAUUGGUACGAUGAAUACAAGCACAUUGGAUAUGAUUGGGAGGGGAAUCGAUUGAUCAAACCUGCAAAAACGGAUGCCAUUGACGAUUUUCUCAAGAAGAUGGAAGAUCCCAACUUCUGGCGCACGGUUAAGGAUCCCCAGACUGGUCAGAAUGUGGUGUUGACGGAUGAAGACAUCGGAUUGAUCAAGAGAAUCAUGGCUGGCAAGAAUCCUGACGAGCAGUACAGCGAUUAUGAGCCGUGGAUCGAAUGGUUCACCUCGGAGGUGGAAAAGAUGCCAAUCCGUAACAUUCCGGAUCACAAGCGAUCUUUCUUGCCCAGUAAGUCAGAGAAGCAAAAGGUUGGUCGACUUGUUCACGCUCUGAAAAUGGGUUGGAUUAAAACUCGUGCUGAAACCGAAAGAUUAGCCGCACUCAGCAAGGGGCCCAAGUUUUACAUGAUUUGGGAGAGCGAUCACGGAAAGGAAGAAAUGCGAAGAAUUCACGAUCACGUUGUUGCUCCGAAGCGUCCACUGCCGGGUCACGCCGAAUCGUACAAUCCUCCCCCGGAAUACCUGUUUAACGAACAAGAACUGUCGGAAUGGAAUAGCCAUGAGGAAGAACCAUGGAAGAGGAAGCUCCAUUACGUUCCCCAAAAGUUCAACUCUCUCCGGGAGGUUCCGUAUUACGAUAAGUACAUCCGGGAACGAUUCUUGCGUUGUUUGGACUUGUAUUUGUGCCCUCGCGGAAAACGAACCAGAGUCACAGUGGGACCAGAGUAUUUGAUUCCCAAACUGCCAUCACCUAAGGAUCUGCAGCCUUUCCCGACUUUGCAAAAUCUUAUCUACAAGGGACACACUGACAUGAUUCGUUCUGUCAGCAUCGAACCAAAAGGAGAAUAUUUGGUUACCGGUUCGGAUGAUCAGACCGUUAAAAUUUGGGAAGUCUCGACGGCCCGUUGCAUUCGCACAAUUCCGACAGGCGAUGUGGUGCGCUCAGUUGCCUGGUGUCCAAACAGCAAAAUUUCGCUCAUUGCCGUUGCCAGCGGAAAACGUGUUCUGCUCAUCAAUCCCCAGGUGGGAGACAGCCUGCUGGUAAAGAAGACGGACGACCUUCUCGCGGAAGCUCCCAAAUCCGAAACCGUGGACAAUGAGCGAAUUACUACGGCUGUCCAGUGGGUGGAUUUCACCGAAGAGGAACGCAAAUCCGGCGUACGAAUUGUGAUCAAUCACUUCAAGGAAAUCAAGCAAGUUACCUGGCACGGACGAGGAGAUUACUUCGCCACCGUGAUGCCUGAAGCCGCUAAUCGUUCGGUACUGAUCCAUCAACUGUCGAAGCGUCGGUCCCAGUUUCCAUUCUCCAAGAGCAAGGGUUUGAUUCAAUGUGUGCUCUUCCAUCCGGUGAAGCCUUGUUUGUUCGUUGCGACACAACGCCACGUCCGAGUGUACGAUUUGGUCAAGCAAGAGUUGCUGAAGAAGCUGUUCCCCAGCUGCAAAUGGAUUUCGAGCAUGGCCAUCCACCCCAAGGGCGACAAUUUGCUGGUGGCCACCUACGAGAAAAAGAUGAUGUGGUUUGAUCUGGAUCUGUCGACGCGUCCCUAUCAGCAGCUGAAGCUACACCACUCUGCCAUCCGGAACGUUGCCUUCCAUCUGCGUUAUCCGUUGUUCGCUUCGGCCAGUGACGAUCGCAGCGUGAUUGUGUCCCACGGAAUGGUUUACAAUGACCUGCUGCAGAAUCCGUUGAUUGUUCCUCUGAGGCGACUUGAACACCACGAACGUGUUAAUGAUUUUGGCGCUUUUGAUGUGGUGUUCCAUCCAACGCAACCGUGGCUCUUUUCUUCGGGAGCAGACAACACCGUGCGGCUGUACACGUAGGUAAGCAGUACCGAAGGGUACUAUUUGAUUAUCAUUUAUGUUAGCAUAAAACAUGCUUAUUUUCAAUUAAAGUAAUAUGUAAAAAAUA